AUGAUGUCCCUGCAGCGUGUUCCCACGAAGCUGCGGGGCGUCCUCGGCGGUGUGAUGACAGCUGGUCCCGUCGAGUGCGGCAGUGACAAGAAGCCCUCAGAGGAGCACGCCGCCAUGCAGUUGCUGCUCGGUCCAUUCUCCAAGCCGCUGCCGUCCCGCGGCCAUCACGGCCAUUUAUGCGUCUUGCGCUACACUGUGCAUCGUCGAAUCGUUCUCCAACAGAGCACGCAUACGGGGCACGCAUUUUGCGUCGGAGGAGAGAGGCGAGCUAAAAAUACGCUCCCUCUCUCCUCUGAGGCAUCGCCUCCGCCGCCGUCCGAGGGAGGCCGAGGAGGCAUCGCCUCCUCCAGUCCUCCUCCGCCGUCUGAGGCAUCGCCUCCUCCAGUCCUCCUCCCUCACCUCCGCGCCGCUCUCCUCCUCCAUCACCUCUGCGUCGCGAGGCCUCCUCCUCCCUCUCUUCCAGCUCGCGCCCCCCUCCCCUACGCCUUCCGCGCCGGCUCCCUCCAUCUCCGGAUCGAGCAGCCCCGGAUCAGCCCCGGCCCCUCCACAGCGGCGGCGGCGCGGCGCCCUCCUCCUCCUCCACGGCAGCGGCGUCGCGGCGGCAUCCUCUUCCUCAGCUUCAGUAGCAGCACACGGAACUUGGUGGCCGGCCGGAGCAGCGACGCCAGCGGUGGGGCAGGGGCCGGCGCAGCCUCGGCCGUCUCCGCCUCCUCCGCGCCGUCCUUUGCCUCGCCCGUCUCCACGCCGGCCGCCGCGUCCACCGCGUCGACGGCCACCACCUCACCCCCGCCGGGUGCGACGUCCUCGCCGGCCACGGCGAAGUUCAACUCCACCUGCUCCUCCUCCGCGUCGGAUGCGCGCAAACUCCAGGUCGAAGAAGGACGUGUCGUCCUUGACGUCCCCGCCGCCGCCGUCUUCGCACGCCGCCGCGGCUAUGGUCGUGGCGGCCACGGGCACGCGCUGGGCACCGGCGACCACGCCGCCGUUUAUGCCUUCACUGUUGGGGACGAGAAGUUUUUGCCUCCCCAACAUGAACUGUAGACACGAGGCAAACCUCGGUUUGCCUUUCAUUUUUGCCUCUUAUUGUUGGGGUCAGUCUUAGGAUUGGCUUGUCUGACGGAGACCGUACCCUGCUGAUGGGUCUGUUGCUCUCGGCGUGAGUGUCCACCAGCCGUAAUCAGUUCAUACUAAGAAUGGAAGGAGAUGGGUAUUACACAAACUUGAUGAAUGAAACUGAGGAGAACAAUGUUGUGCCUUUCGCUUCUAGAAGCCCUCCUGCAGUGCAGCAAGCACCCUGUGUGAGCAAUACUGGCAGCACGAGACCAAACCAGAAGAGAUAAAAAAACUUUAGUGAGGAAGAAGAUAAACUACUAGUAGCAGCAUGGUUAAAUGUCAGUAUUGAUCCAGUGCAUGGUGUGAAUCAAACUCGCGGCGCAUUUUGGAAGAGAAUUUCUGAUUUCUUUAAUUCAAAUAAGGAGUUCCCAUCAGAUCGUAGCCAAAGUUCACUUAUCCACCAUUGGUCAACUAUUCAAGAGUGUGUCAACAAGUUCUGUGCAUCGCUUAUCCAAAUUGAGGGUAGAAGGCAAAGCGGUGUGACUGUACAU